UACAAUCGUGGUACCAGUCGACCCUGAGACGGCCGGCAACGCAGCUGCCGACGACUUGUUUCGCUUUUUAUAACUUGAUCACGCGACUCAGUUGAGGAAGCCAGUCCUCUCAAACUUUAAUUGAACAUACAGUGAAUCAACAUUAUGAACGAAACUCUAUAUUAUUCGUUGACAGUGCAAGGGGAUGUCUGAACAAACGUUCUUUAUUCGAUCUAGUGCUCUGUGCUCGUAAAGUGAUGUGAUGUGAUACCGAUGAUGAAGAACAAUGAUCUACGAGAGACCUCAGAUGAACGGUGGCGUCGGCCCACCGCCGCCGAGGCCGCGGACUUUCCGGAGGAACUGUGGCGAUCAAGUGUUCGUAACGUCACCGACGAAGGUGUACAUCGACACGAGUGCCAAGUGCUCGUACUACAGCCAGAACGAUGAACGUACGCGCAGGCCGCGAGAUGACCUGGGGGACCGGGUGCGGCUCAUCGACGUGCUGGAGCGGACCUGCCGACUCGACCUCAGGACUGUGCUGCAAGAUGGAGAAUUCGAAAUACAAGACCUCAUUGCAUUUUUCGAAUGUGACAGCAGCGACUCGGGUCACUUGUACGAGUCGCUGGAGCCUGCGCCCACGCAGACACACCCCUCACACGCCCCUCCUCCCAUACCAAUAGAGGAAGACUUCGACUCUUUCGACAGUGACAGCGAUACUGAUGACCACGAUAAGUCAACAUAUGCGCCAACAACGCCGUCUUUACCUGCAUCCCGACUACCCAACCCGCCCACCGGAGGCGGCCAGUACACCCUAACCAAAAUAGCCAGCGCAGCUCAAAGAAAAAUGAGACAAAUCAAACGAAAUCUCACCAAAAGAUACACAGUUGCGAUGGACGGCAAACCGUUUACUAAAUCCCCGAGCAAUCCAACGAACAUUUACGACACAGCGAAGAAGAAAACUCCAACCCCAAUCUACGCCAACUGUGAGAAACAGGACCCCGUGUACACAAAUAUCAACUUCAAGGACACCCGGCUUGUACAAAAUAAGACUGAAAUUCCCUUGGCUAAGGUAUACGGGUCGUUGAAGGAAGAAUUGAAGACUGUUAUUUCAGAUAAGAGAGCGAGUUGUGGAGAUGUACCUCCCCCGUUGCCGGAUAAACCUCCUCCUGAGAAACCUGUGACUCCCACAAUUCCGACGAAUGAGACAAUAAAGAAGGACAGUGGGACUUUAUCCAGGAAAGCGUACUUUUCCUUCAAGUCCCGGUUCAGACGCGCCACCUCGUUGGCUGUGGAUAUAAACUCCGAAGUGCCCAGCGCCCUGAAAAUCACCAACUCCACCUUCUACCUGACUGACUCUAUGGAUGGUGACUCUGGAUUUAGCAACUGCAGUGACAACGGGCAGCCGGGUAGUACGGAGACGCUGUCACCAGAGAGCGGCCCGCGGCGACGCGACGAACUGAAGCGGCUGCUGCCGACGUUGUCGCGCAAGGACAAAAGCCCGCGGGCGCGGACGUCGUGGUACGCGGAGUGCGGCGCAGAUACCACUCCCAACACUACGCCCAUCACUACGCCUAACACCUCCAACACUUCCUGGUACGCAGAAGCCGGUCUGUACCAAGCCGGCAACAUCUCCUCGUCCUCGGGAGCAUCAUCAGGCUCCCACCCAGCCAGUCCACUGCCCCACUCCCUGUUCACACACGAGCCACUCUACCAAUUCUACAACGCUGCUAAGGUCGAGUCUGUGUGUCGUGAUACCGGAGACUCAGACUCGGACGCGUACGAGGCAGGGUCGCAGCGCAGUGCUGCCACCUCCGGGAGUGAGACGCCCGCGCGCCCCUCCGCCAUGGCACUAGUGGCGCCGCGCGGGCCUUCCCGCACUCUCUGGUGUGAGGUACCCGAGGUGGUAAACUCCGCUGUGCUUAGUUCCCUAGCUCCAGCACAGAAGCGUCUCCAAGAAGCGAAGUUCGAGCUACUAACUUCAGAAGCGUCGUACCUGAAUUCCUUGAACGUGUUGGAAGCCAACUUCAUAGCGCACCCCGCCUUCAGAGACCCACACGUGUUGCCUAGACAUGAGUGGGAGACGCUGUUCGCUACUAUAUUGCCGGUCCGCAAAUGCUCCCAGCUACUAAUGACGGAGCUGGAGAAGUGUUGGCAGGAGAACAUCCUGCUGCAAGGGAUCUGUGACAUCGUGCGGCAACACGCCGAGCUACACUUCAGUGUGUACGUGAAGUACUGCGAGAACCAGGCACUCAUGGUCAGGGCGCUGCAGCGGCUGCAGGCCAGGCCGGCCUUCGUCGCCGCGCUUAAAAAACUAGAGAGCCACCCGUCGUGCCAGAGCCUGUCGCUGGCGUCGUUCCUGCUGCUGCCGAUGCAGCGCGUGACGCGGCUGCCGCUGCUGCUGGACGCCGUGCUCAAGCACCUCGACGCGCACGACACGGAGUACCACGCCUGCGCACGCGCACUCGUCACGCUCAACAAUUACGUGUCGCAAUGUAACGAGGGCGCCCGUAAUACAGAGCGCAUAGAAGAAAUGUACCGUCUGUGCGCCUCCAUUGACUUCCCCGCGCAUAUACGCUCCCCGCCCUGUCUCGGACCUGCGUGCUCACGGAGGGAUCGCAGACCUGUCCGCUGGCUAGUCCGAUCUGGUGAGAUGACGCAGUUGAUCUGGAAGUCUGAUGAGCUGAAGCUGACCUUCGGGAAGAAGUUCCACAAGGUGCCGCUACAUCUGUUCCUCUUCAACGAUCUCCUCGUCAUCGCCAAGAAGAAGGGUGAAGACCAAUACAUAUGCGUGGACCACUGCCCUCGCUCGCUACUAGAAGUAUGUUCCAGCGAGGUCGGAGCCGGGGGGGCGAAGCAUGCUCUACUCAUUACACUACUAGAGAACCAUGAAGGAAGAACUCUUGAGAUGUUGAUGUCAUGUCCCAGUGAGACGGAGUGGUCUCGUUGGGCCGAAGCCCUACAGCCUCCGACGGCGACUUCUGAGGGCGAAGCCGUCUACGCAGGCUGGGACUGUCCACAAGUAUGCGCUCUGUAUGCAUAUGCGCCCGCGCAACCUGAUGAACUGCCACUGGCUGAAGGAGAUGUCGUUAAUGUUACUAGAAAGACUAGUGAAGGUUGGUACUACGGCGAGCGCACCCGCGACGGCGAGUCGGGUUGGUUCCCGGGCGCCUACACGGCGGAGAUCGCCUCCCCCCACGUCCGCGCGCGCAACCUGCGCCAGCGGUACCGCCUGCUCGCGCUGUCCGGGACAUACCGCGGACAUAAGAAGCGGAACCUGUGACCGCCUGACACUAUAUCUACAUACAACCUGCGCCAGCGGUACCGCCUGCUCGCGCUGUCCGGGACAUACCGCGGACAUAAGAAGCGGAACCUGUGACCGCCUGACACUAUAUCUACAUACAACCUGCGCCAGCGGUACCGCCUGCUCGCGCUGUCCGGGACAUACCGCGGACAUAAGAAGCGGAACCUGUGACCGCCUGACACUAUAUCUACAUACAACCUGCGCCAGCGGUACCGCCUGCUCGCGCUGUCCGGGACAUACCGCGGACAUAAGAAGCGGAACCUGUGACCGCCUGACACUAUAUCUACAUACAACCUGCGCCAGCGGUACCGCCUGCUCGCGCUGUCCGGGGCAUACCGCGGACAUAAGAAGCGGAACCUGUGACCGCCUGACACUAUAUCUACAUACAACCUGCGCCAGCGGUACCGCCUGCUCGCGCUGUCCGGGACAUACCGCGGACAUAAGAAGCGGAACCUGUGACCGCCUGACACUAUAUCUACAUACAACCUGCGCCAGCGGUACCGCCUGCUCGCGCUGUCCGGGACAUACCGCGGACAUAAGAAGCGGAAUCUGUGACCGCCUGACACGUUGCUGCUAUAUCUAUAUCUGCAAAUUCUAUUGGACUAUUGGUGACUAAUUAAAAACUUUGACAUAGUAUGUGACAAAAUAGGUUGUUAUACCGCGUAAACCUAUUGUGAUUUGUUUUUCUUCCAAAAUAUCUUCUUUAUUGAAAAAGAAAUAAGGUUGGAAUUCUAUUGGUUUAUUAGGUUUUAAACAUUGUUUAAAGCCAAAAAUUAUAUUAUAGGGGGUAAAGACAAAUGUGUGUAAAUGACGCGAACUGUAUAUUGUUAUUAUAUAGCAGUGAUAACAUAGCGCUCUGAAAAGACAAAGUAUUAUAAUUUCAAUUCAAAUUCUCAUAAUUUUUCAAUGAAUUCCAAUUAUGUGAUUUUAAUGAAUUGUGUGUGUAAUGAAUAUUAUUUUAUUAUAAAAUCAUAAUAUAUAAAAUUCUAUAUAAUUGAACAUUUUCUAAGAUAUAAUCAAUGUUCUAUCGUCUUAUUUGGUGCUAAGUUGCCUUCAUUCCUUUGGCACUAAAUGCAUUUAUUGGGCAGCCGCACUGACAGAUAAAAAUAAAUCGUAUUGAAUGAAAUUAAAGACUAAAAUGCUAUGUAGAAAUAGCUGGAUAUCAUCACAUUAGAAUCUCACAAUUAAGUUAGGAGAUGGUCUCAAUGUCGUUGUUAUUGGUUAAGUACCAACAGGAGUGUUAACGGUUUAAUUAAAUUGGGAUGUUUCCACUGAAAAAACAAAACAACUUAAUACUACAUUAGCCACAAAUACCACAUAUAACGCUAGAUAACUGGGACCUCCCGGAAUAUGUUUUAAAACUAUCAAUUUUUCACUAAGCGAUUUCAUUACACACUUAAGUUUUCAAUUUUGGAAAAAAGUGUGUUAUUGACGCAACUUAUGACAUCAUAAUAUAGAAUCUCGUAUAAUAAUUAUACAAAAUAAUCGUUUUAUUCAAAAAAAGUAAUUAAUUUGUCUAGUUGGAACCAUCCCAAUUGUUUUGUAAAGACGUGGUCCGUCCAAUCGCCUUAGUGACUUAUAUGGGCUUACAACUGUAGAGUAUGUAGCGAAAAGUUCUGAAUCGAGGUGCUUACUUGUGAUAGUUUCACUAUAUUGCUAUGAACAAACUAUUCAAACGAUAUCGAAUUACGUAACAUUAAGAUGUUACUAAGGUAAGAACCCUGUUUUAUUAGGAUAUACCAUGGUCGCUCUACCAACAUGGCGCUACUAGUUGUCGGCAACCCUAGCGUUUGUUCUGACUCUGUAGACACCACGUCUCCUAGUAAAAUUGGUUCUUAAAUGUGUUUAAAUAUAUCUUUCUUUUAACAUUAAUUAUGCAAUGACGAAUGAAGUGUUAUUAAUAUUUUUAUUAUAUUGUUGAUACCGAGAGCUCUGCUUACACUAGUUUAGUAUAGUUAUAGAAGUGUACAGUUACGUAUGAGAUUCGCGAAGUUUGUUGUACAGUUUAAUUAAGACAUUUUACUGAUUAGAAUAAGGUAUAUAUUUGUUUAAUGCUUUACUUGCCCGCUGUUUGAAAAAUUGACUAGUCAUAAGCGGAUGAGUUUGUCAAGAAAUUAUCGAGUAUUUUAAUUUACAUUCCUUGGCUAGCACUUAAGGUCUAAAAUACAAUGUAGGUGACCUAUAAAUUAUAUAGAAACUAUUUGACUAAUACCCCUCUAUUGUCAUUUAAAGGUUACCU